CAUUCGAGUUGUAUUUUAUGGAAUAGAUCCAAUCACAGUUAUAUUUCAGGUUUUUAUGUCACACCAAAAACCAGAUGAAAAUUAUUGCAACUUAUGUAUUUUGGAUUAGAAAGUAAAUUAUAUAUAUUUUGGACUCACCCUACGUAUCGCGCAGAUUAAAUGACAAAAUUCGCAAUUCACAAAAAUAUGAACACUGAAAUAUGGAGCUCCUCGCAAAUGGCCGGAACGGGAGGUGCUCUUAAGGCGUUGGCCAAGAAUCUGGCCAAUCAAUUGAACCUGAAUCGUACGGAAAUGAAACGCGUGGUGGCCCGUGUGAUAUCGGAGCGGCAUGGUCAGGGCGAUGUGGGAGAUUAUAAUGGUCACAUGUUCUAUGUGAAGCCGGAACGGAUUGAUUUGACCGAGCAGAUAACUAAAUCCAAGGAGGCAUUUGAUGAGAUGAUCAAUCGCAAGCAAAUGCAGCCCUGUGGCUCCAAAAAUCAAAUGGCGAGCUCUCGUUCCGGCUCACGCUCUCGCUCCCUCACAUACAACAUGGCGAUGCGACACAAUAGGCCCGAUAAGAGUCUCACUGGCGUUAUCACUGACCAACACCAUAUUGCUAAGCCCGGCAAAUCUCCCGAGAUUGCAGUCCAAAUAUCCAAGCCCAAAAUCCUAUCCACAAAAAGCAAACAACAAAUCAAACGCAAGCCUCAAUGCCAGUAUCCUCAACCCAACAAUUCCCAAGCGAAAGGUCAGCCAAAGAGCUGGACCAAAACCAAAUCCGUCAGCAGACUGGCAAUCCAAAGCAAACCCAAACCAGUCACCAUCAGGAAGAAGGUGCUGGUCAAGUCGGAGGUGAAGAAUCUAAAGCGUAAGCCGGUGGUAACAAAACGUCCUCCACGUUCUCAGGCGACGGCAUCCAACGCCCAGCGUCUAAAUGCCGGCAAAGCCAUUCAGCUGGCGAAGCCCCAACCGAUGCUCUACAUUGAGCCGGAGCCAAGACCGCAACCCCAACCCCAACCCCAACCUGUUGCUUUAGCCGCAACCGAGCACUCGACUGUUGAGUGCGCUCGAAAGAAGCAGAAGAGCAUUUUGAAGAAGAAAAGCGUGAAGAGGCUGCCGCAAGCGAAGAGUAAGCUCAACAGCAAGAGAAUCUAUGAUCAGUCCUGGCAGGAGCCCACUAAAAUGAUGACCAAGCGUCUCAGGGCUGGCGGAAUAUUGACAAAACCCAAUCGCAUAAUGAACCCAACGCCCAAUAAAGCCCGCUCCGCGUUACAUUGGCGUAAUCCGUAUCAGUAUCCGGGUGGAGCCGGUGCAACACAACGUUCACACGCUAAUCAGUGCUCCAAGUCAAAGUACAAGCUGAAGCUGAAGCCGAGGAUCAGCAGCAAUAAGUUGCCAAUCAGCAGAAACGUCGCUAGAAUGAAGAGCAAGCGAUCCCAGGCGAGAUUGGCCAAGCAAUUGGAGCGCGAUGAGGCCAUCGAUGAUCCGGAGCGUUUGGAGGCGGGCAGCAUGCAACACUUUAAGCUUAAGCGAUCGCUCAGCACCAACUCUAGGAAGGGCAACCGCAUCUACAAGCUGAGUGCUCGCCUGGAGGAGUUGGCUAAGCCUGUAUUCCAUGGGAAACCCCGUCCGGAAAAGUUACCUGCGCGUUCCAAUUCUCCCAUACGUAAGCCAAAGCUCAAGUUGAGGUCACGUCGUCGUAGACGUCGCGUCCUGGUCGACAGCAGUCUGGGCAGCAUUGCUGUCCUCAAGGGCACCUCACGAUCGGGUCUGACCCCGGCUAAGCGUCAUCUGACUCUGGCCUUUCUGAACAAGGAUUCACGCAGUCCACGCAGUCCACGAAGAUCCCGCAGCGUCAUGUGGCGGUGAUCGAAGACGGGGAAGAGGAAAGUGAACGGGAAAGAGAUAGAGAAGACUUGAACGUGCUCUUUCUCACUCUCUGUUAGAAGUCUUCCGAUACGUUCUCAGUCAAUUUCUGUUCAACAAAUUAUCAAGGUACUUUAAUAAAUUACAAAGUUAUAACUAAUAUGCUUCUACAUCCAUUAAUAGGUACUGACAAUAUUAAAAUUAAGAACAAUUAAAA